CUGUGUGACUGCUACUUAGUAUGCCGCUCGCGUCCGUGAGUUGGAUGCACGCGACCGGUCGCGUUCACUAACUUGACAAUACACCCGACCAUGCUCAGCUCAACAGCUGAAAACUGUCCUACGACACCAACUCGUACACCACGACGAGAAACAGACUACACCCCUUCAAAAAAACGCAUGACCAAUGGCCCCGGAACACCUAGCCGGGCACCAUUCAGAACCCCAAUGCAUUUUUCACCCACUCGAAACUCUACGAGUGAAACACCCCUUCGACCUGGCCAGCCUCUCAUUACUUCCCUUGCAGCUUUGGCUGGCACUAAUGUAGCUAAUACUUCCUUCUACACAUACGAUCCUGAGAACGAGCCCAUAAAAGCUUUCCUGCGAAUAAGGCCGAAUCUUCAGCAAGGAACUGAAAAGAAUCCCUACAUGGAGGCAGUCAGCGACGUAGAAGUAUCUAUGCUCCCGCCAGAGCAUUCCAAUGCGUACAGGACACGUAACAGAGCGCCUGAGCGAUACAAAUUUACAAAGAUCUUUCACGAAGACGUCUCGCAAAAGCACUUCUUUGAUGAAACCGCAUUACCGCUAGUUGAAGACGUUUUGAACGGCGAGAAUGCAUUGUUAUUUGCAUAUGGCGUCACAAAUUCUGGAAAAACAUAUAGUAUACAAGGAACUAAAAACGAUAGUGGUAUCUUGCCAAGGUCGUUGGAUGUUAUAUUCAACAGCAUCAAGGAAUACCAAAACGAUUCAAAGCUCAAACCCAUGAUGCAUAGUCUUAUUGUGCCAUACAAAGACGAAAAAGAAGAAUGCCGAGAUAUUUUAGAGCGUAUUGGUCAAAACCGACUGGCUCACCCCGACUCAACGAAUCCCAACAUGAAAAAUGAGAUGCGAGAUUACGAAGAACGAGAUCGAACAGUCGUCCCAAUAGACACCAAAUUUGAGUACGGAAUCUGGGUAUCCUAUUCAGAAAUAUAUACCGAGAAAAUCUACGAUCUCUUGGUUUCGCCAUCUCAUGACUCCAGGCGAACUUCUCUACCAUUGAAAUAUGAGUUUAGAGGAGAGCACAAGUACAUUUCUGGACUGACGGAAGUUCGAGUACACAAUCUCCAGGAAGCAUAUGCCAUCCUUCAUGAAGGUCAACGGAACCGCGCGAUCUAUUCGACCUUGCUCAACAAUACCAGUAGCCGAAGUCACAGUAUAUUCACGAUUAAGGUUGUCCGUGUCAUGAUUGAAGAUAAGAAUUACAUUAUUGAGGAUCCAAGCUAUGCUACGCUGUCCAAGCUUUCGAUUGUCGACUUGGCCGGAUCUGAACGCCACCGCAAUACUUUGAACAGCGGUCAAAGGUUGAAGGAGGCGGGCAAUAUAAACAAAUCUUUGAUGGUACUAGGUCAGUGUAUGGAUAUUUUGAGACUCAAUCAAAAGCGUGUGGAUAUAGGCAAGAAACCUGCUAUCGUACCAUUCAGGCAUAGCAAAUUGACCGAUCUGUUCAAAAGUUCAUUCCAAGGUGACGGCAAAGCUGUCAUGAUAGUAAAUGUCAACCCAUAUGACACCGGAUUCGAUGAGAAUAGUCAUGUAAUGAAAUUCGCGGCUGUUGCAAAGGAUGUAGCCACAUGGCGACGUGUACAUCCUAAGCUUGAUCUGACUGAUGUCACCACAGCUACUCGACGACUUCGGACAGCAAAUGAAUUGUCUCUGGCGCAUGAUCGGUCUGUCUUCGAUGCCUCUGCUGAACACACUGCAGAUGAAUCAGACGACGAUGAUACGGAAGACGGCUCCGAUCCGUUCGUCAACGCACUAUUAGCUCAAUUAGAAGAAGUACGCGGCAAGUGGAUUGAUGCGGAAACACGCUGUGCCACGAUAGAGUCUAACAUCAGGCAACAAGUCACUUCGGAAAUGUCUGAUGAACUUCGAAACAUUGAAGCUAUGUACAUGGCUUCUACGGAUAAAGAGAAUGUUUCAAAAGACCAAAAGGGUGCCAAUAAGAAGAGAAUGGACAUGUCUCUUGUUAUUGAGCAAUUGAACAUGAAAAACAAAACCUUGCAACUUGAAGUCACAAACUUGAAAGCCACGGUGAAUGACCAACUGACAACAAAACAAAGCCUAAUGGGCAAGGUAAUAAUCUUUCUUUGUGAUAAAGGUGACAAAUGAGCAAGAAAUUCCUGAUAUCACCACUGUCGAUCGCAGAUUGUUCAACUCGAGAAUGAAAAGGCUGAUGCAGUCCGAAGAUCUAUUCAGCUAACGAAAGAGUUGAAUGCACAACCUCCAGCCCCAGCAGAUUCAAAACGAUCACGAGCAGCUCGGUUGGAAAAUACCAAACCAUACACUCCAAGCGGCAGGCAUAAUAAAAUCAGUCGGCC